AUGACCAUCUUCUCACUCUACAUCUUUGAUCGACAUACCGAAUGCGUCUACUAUCAAGACUGGAACCGGUCGAAACCUGUCCGACCCCCCGUCCCCGCACUGCUAAAACCCAAUGUGGCUCGUUUCGACCCGGCUGUACUAGCUAGGCAACAACCCGUGGACCCAAACAACCUCCCUCGAACGGACGAGAACGGACAGCCUAUCCAGGGUCUCUUGGCUCAUCAUGCAGUGAUGCAGAGGGCUGACGUGCUGGGAAUCGGAGAGGCGGGCAAGAACGCGGGGUUGGCUUUCGAUGAAGAGUGUAAAUUGGUCUAUGGAGUGUUGUUGAGUUUGAGAAACAUGGUCAAGAAGCUAUCGGGAAAAAACGAACUAUUCCAAUCCUACCGAACAUCAGCGUACAAAUUCCACUUCUUCGAGACUCUCUCCGGAUACAAGUUCAUCCUCCUCAGCGACCCCUUGGCGGAUAACAUGCAGUUCGUGCUCAAAUCGAUCUACUCGGGUCCUUUCCUGGACUUUGUUGUGCGCAACGACCUCGUCGGCGUGCGAGGUGGUGGGCUAGACGAAUCUUGGGGUGUUGAAGCGCAAAAGGGCAAGAUACGGGGCAAGGGGAUCGAUAACGAUAGAUUCCGGACCGCUGUGGAUCGCUACAUCCGAGGAUUGAGCAACUACAGCGCGUAA